UGGAGAGGGACCGGCGGCAGAAGGAGCUGGCAGGGCUUGGGGGCCAUGGAGCGGGGCGGGGCUCAACAGACCUGGCCUCUCCUCCUUGAGAGUUCCAAGCUCAAGGGUCCAAGGUGGCUGUGAGGCUGGGGAGUGGUGGGGCCGCCUGCACUGGGGACAGCAACAGAGUGUAAGAGGACUGGAGCCAGAAUCCUCUGGGUCCCCCAGGCGAAGGGCUCUGGCUUCAGCUGACUCUGAUGGUCCACAUGGGCACAGAGUUUAAAUUUAGCUCCAGUCACAGGAGUGCCUGGCAGUGGGUACCUUGGUAGCCAGAGCCACGCAGGGGGGCUCUUCAGGCAGUGGGGUGUGGGAGAGACCAGCCUACUUCCCUCCAGCCCUGUGCCUGGCAAGGGUGUUUCCCAGGGAAGCCCUGACCAAUCUUCCAUGGCCUGGCAGACAGCCCUCCACUCAGUCAAGGGCAGGGUCAGAGGUUCCCGCCACGAGGGCAGAGGGACAUUGCCUUGCAGUCUGGACAAGGGUUGCAUCUGUCUUAGCGGUGUCCAGGGGCAGGUUCCCCUGCUAGUGGGGCAAAGGCUGGCUUGGUUGUGUGACAGCCAAGGAAACAGAGUCCUGAGCACAGGAAAGCAAGUCCAGAAAGCAGGGUCCUCCCUGGUUCCUCAAGCGUAGCCAGUGACUUGCUCUCUGACCCUAGGCAGGGAGCUCUUCCCAUCUGUACAAUGGCAGCGCUGGCCUAGAGGGCUGCUCACAGCCCCGCACUGGCCCUGAGGUCCUGCUCAACCUUCCUGAGAGUCUGCAGAGGCACCUGGCUUCCCCUAGCCUUGGGUGUGGGCAGCCAAUGCAGUUCUGGACAAGGAAGUCUCUCUGGCUGGCACUGUCAGCCUCCUGGCUCCUCCUCACCCUUCUUGGAGUCUUCCCUCUUCUCCGCCUAGCAGUGUCCCCCAGACCUCAGCCUGCUGCCCCUCAAGGCUGGCCCUGUUGGCUGGAUGCGGCGCUCCUGCGGAGUUUCUCUCAGCCUGAGGAGCCCCUAGAAGAUGCACCUCAACCUCCUCAAGCCCCCCAUGGUGCCAGCUGCAGCUGGGGAAUCUGCUUCGAUGCCUCCAGGUGCAGGGGCACCGGCCUCAAGGUGUUCGUACACACAGCAGCUGGACCAACCUCUGAGAUGCAUCGCAGGAUCCUGGCUUCCCUGGAAGGCUCCCACUACCACACACGCAGCCUCGGGGAGGCCUGCCUCCUCCUCCUCCUCCUCAGCCCGGAUGCCCCAGCUGGACGGUGUGACCCGGAUCCUCACCACUGGGAUGGAGGCAGGAACCACCUGGUCAUCCGUCUCCACCCAGACCCCUGCCCCCAGGCCUCCCAGCUUGGACAGGCAAUGGUGGCGGAGGCCAACCCCAGAGCGGACACCUUCCGGCCUGGCUUUGAUGUGGCACUCCCGCUUCUUCCUAAAGCCCACCCAUUUCGAGGUGGGGCUCCUGGCCAGCUGCGGCAGCACAGCCCCCACCCUAGGGCAGCCCUGCUAGCCCUGGCAGAGGAGGGUGGCAGGUGGCGCAUGGCAGGUACCCACUCUUCCACCUGCCCCUGGGAUGGGCGCUGUGAGCAACAUCUUGGACCGGAGCAAAACAGCCCUGAGGACAAGCUACCCAAUGCCACCUUCUGCCUCAUUCCUGGUCACCGCACUGAAGCCUCUCGCUUCCUGCAAGCCCUACAGGCUGGCUGCAUCCCUGUGCUCCUCAGCCCCCGCUGGCAGCUGCCCUUCUCAGAGGUCAUCGACUGGACCAAGGCGGCUAUUGUGGCUGAUGAGCGGCUCUUGCUUCAGGUCCUGGCCGCCCUCCAGGAGAUGGCUCCUGCGCGGGUCCUUGCCCUGCGCCAGCAGACCCAGUUCCUGUGGGACGCCUACUUCUCCUCAGUAGAGAAAGUCAUCCACACUAUGCUGGAGAUUAUUCAGGACCGGAUCUUGGGCGCAUCUGCCCACCCCUCACUGCUGUGGAACAGCCCUCCAGGGGCACUCCUGGCCCUGUCCACCUUUUCCAGGAACCCUCAGGCCUUCCCCUUCUACCACCUUCAGCAGGGCUCCCGCCCUGAGGACAGAUUCAGUGCUCUGAUCUGGGUGGGGGCCUCCAGCCAGCCGCCCUUGAAGCUCAUCGAAGCAGUGGCCAGCUCCCAGCAUUGUGCCCAGAUCUUGGUUCUCUGGAACAGUGAGAAGCCACUUCCUUUCAGGUGGCCAGAGACAACAGUGCCUAUGACAGUCAUGGAGGGGCACAGGAAGGUCAGUGACCGCUUCUUUCCGUACAGCACCAUCAGCACAGAUGCCAUCCUCAGCCUUGAUGCCCACAGCAGUCUUUCUACAAGUGAGGUGGACUUUGCCUUUGUGGUGUGGCAGAGUUUCCCAGAGAGGAUGGUGGGCUUUCUAACGUGGAACCACUUCUGGGUUGAGGCUGAAGGUGGCUGGGGCUAUACUGCUGAGAUGGCCAAUGAAUUCUCCAUGGUUCUCACUGCGGCUGCCUUCUACCACAGGUAUUACCACACGCUCUUCACCCACUCCCUGCCCACGGCCAUGAGGACCCUGGUGGAUGAGGCACCCGCCUGCGUGGAUGUCCUGAUGAACUUCCUAGUGGCAGCAGUCACCAAGCUGCCCCCUAUCAAAGUGCCCUAUGGCAAGCAGCACCAGGAGACUGCACCCCUGGCUCCUACGGUUCCGGGAUCUGGAUCUCGACCUCAGGCCCCACACCAAGAUUGCAUCAACCAGAUGGCAGCAGAGUUCGGCCAUAUGCCUCUGGUCUCCUCUCGCCUGCGUCUGGACCCCGUGCUGUUCAAGGACCCGGUAUCUGUACAGCGCAAGAAGUACCGCAGCCUGGAGAAGCCCUAGGCGAGGCCCGAGGAGGUCCUAGCCCGGAUCCCACACCCCACCGCUCGCUCGCUCUCUGCGCUGUGCCUCCGCUUGCCUGGAAUGCCUACUUCUGCUCCACCCAACUACCUUGUCCUUCAGAUCCGUGCCUGACAUUUAGGUCCGACCUCACAGGCUUCGGUGUCGUUAAACAGUCGCGUUUCCCGCACUGUUCACGCUGGCGGGCAACGUGAGCACCUUAGGCUCCAGAACCCACCUGGGAGUCCGGAAGGCGGCUCGCCGUCUCCUCUCUGGUCCUGCAGGUAGAGAUAGUAACUCUCUGCCAGCAUGGACACUGUGCUGAGAAACCAAACCCCCUACCCGGGGUUUCCCGUCGGCGAGGAAGGCAGCCAUCUGCAGAAGCCUGGGUUUUCAGGCUCACUUCUCGCGCCCCAGGAAAGGAGCAAAGAAGUGCAAGGAAAUUAGGAGUCAGAGGAGGAAAAAGGAUGAGAACGCAGCGGGGCUUCCCUGCGGCGCUGGAUCCAGGGCUCUGGCACCACCAGCCUCCCCGCAUCACCGGCUUGCGCCGCUAGAGAGCAGCGCCGCACCGCACUCCCUCCACAGAAGGGCCUGGCUCUGUAAACGCCCUCUGGCGGGGCCGAGAGGGCGGGCAGGGGGCGUGGAGGGCAAGCGGUGCGCACCACCCAGGGUCUGCAAACACGGAAGGAAUGGGAAAGAGCAGUCACAGGGAGCCCAGCAAGGAGAGACUAUUCCCGGUGGACGGAGCAGGAGGGCUGUCCCCAGAACCCUGUAGGUGAGGGCGAAGUGGGGGAGGGCGCUGGUUCUCCUGGCUUCAUCCACCUGGAACUGGAAUUAUCACUUCCGAAAUAAAACGCGUGUCCUUGCCCCUUCA